CACUGUAUAUUGAAACACAACGGCAGUACUCACCCACUGUGUUUUAUAAUUACAUUGCUCCAAUGAUGACUUUGCGAAAUUUUAGUAAUUUAACUAAUGUAAACAUUGUAUGCAACAUUAGAAACGCGGAGUUUUUAGGUUUAUCUACUGAUCAUAUUUGACAACAAACGUAUCAACCAAAUUUUUUAAGACAACCAAUUAACGACGAGAAAAGAUAAGGGAAGAUUUCAAUUCUUUGAGAAGAGGAAAGCUCAGCACAGCUCUUCAGAACACAAUCAAGAAUUUACAAAACUUUUGAACUGAUUCAGGUAACUCAAAGACAAUGGCAACGGCACAAGACAAAGAUGAACAGAAGGAAAUUGAACAUCUGAACAUAAAACUCCUAAACCAUCUUAAAAAUAUUCCGAAAGUGGAGAAUUUUGCUGAAUGUCUUCACUCUAUUUACUACAUGGAAUUAGCCAGCUCAGUUAAAGACAAGUAUGUUGACGACUUUAAGGAAAUCCAAAAACAACUAAGAAAUGAUGCAUUAAUUUUUUUAAAAGUUCUCCUGCGGUUAACGGAAAAUAUGUUAACGUAUAUCACAAAUUUCUUUGAAGAUUACGAUGAUUCGUACGAAGAUUGGAAAAAGGAAAUAGAAGGUACUCUUAACGAUGUUGAGGAAAACGCAAAAAAUGCACGAGUAGUUGGAUUGCUAGCUGAGAAGUUAGCGUCAGUAGCAAAAGAUUAUAAGAAGCAGACCGAAAGUCUUCUCAAAAAAAUGAAUUCCGAAGACAAAUUCCAAAAACCUAUAGAAGACCUCAAAAAGAAAGCGACUUUAUGUAAACAGAAAACAACUGACAGUAGCAAUCCAUUUACUAAAUGGUACAAUAACAGAAUGGAAAGAAAAUUGUUAAAUGAAGCAGCUUUAUUGAAUGAUGAAAAAGAGAAAUGGUUGCAAGAACACUUUUCAACCGAGAUGAAUGAUAUGUUAAAUGCAUUGAGCAAUUUCAUCACCAGUAUUAACGGAAUAGCUACUUUCUUUUCUAACAUUCACAAAGAUAUAGAAAACUGCCGGAAAGCGAGCAAAGUGAGCAACGUGAGCGAAAACAGUAUAGUGAGCGUAGAGAGCAAAGUGAAUGUUCCUGAUCCUGAAAAUACUAAUGAAAGAAAAAAGAAAAAACAUUUUGAGGCUACGAAAAAGAUAAGCAAAGACAUCAAAUAUCAAAUUCAAGUGUGCUUUACCUCUUUGCCUAACAUUCGGAGCUCACUAGAUGCGAUUCCCAAGACUGAUAUUGUCCAAAAUUGUGUUCAGGAUUGGGUAAAAAAUAAUCUGGAAGAAAUUGGUUACACAAAGUUCUUUAUCAAAUUUUUAUCUAACACUAUUCCUGAUAUCGAAUGGACUCAAGUCCUUGCUAUCAAAGAUGAAUGAUCAUUCGGAUGGUUUUUGAUUUAACAACUUCAAGUCGACAAUAAAAUUUUGGCAUGUUGUUUUAUGAACUUUGCAUGAAAAUUAUUUAUUGGACUCAUUGAUAGUUACUUGGGAGUGAUUGCAGAUUUUAUCAUUUAUAUGUCCUUCUAAUAACCCUAAUAAUCUUAUGCACUUACGUCCAGCAAAAAUUAUUUAAAACAUUUUAGUGUAAAAAUCACUCCUGCAAGAAUGGCUUAAAUAUAUAAUGUUUGUAUUGCAUCAUUAAAAAUUUUUUUCUCAUAGUAUGAAUUAUAUUAAACCUGCAUGCAUUUAUAAUAGCCAAUUAAUAGCACAAUUUACCAAUGCACAUAAUGGCACAAUUUAUUAAUGACCUCUAAUGUAAUAUAAUUUAUAUAUGUAGAAAUUAAAAGGUCAUUUUAAAAAGUAGGUGCCUACAAGCCCUAUCGUUUACAUAUGUUUUUCAAUGAUAAUAAUAAUAGUGGUGAAACCCAAAACGGAAGCUAAUUCUUUCGCCACUUGCUAACUAUGCUGUCGAAUAGAUAGAGGGUAGAGUAGCCAAUCAAAUUGAUGCAUUUUCCGAAUACAAGAAUGACUCUACUAAA